UGCAUUGAUAUUUGAUAUUGAUAUCUUAAUAUCUUAUACUGAUAAAGUUAAAUCUAUUUGGUAGUCAGUACUCGAUUGAAGUGUCAUAAUUCAUAAUAUAUUUUAGUCGAUGCGAAACGUACUUACUGCUUCCUGUGUUUAUUUAUUCAGGAGGUGUUCACUGAAAGAAUUAAUAAUAAGAUAAUUAUGUUAAGGCAAAAGAAUUUAGCAAAACUAUGAAAUCGUAUUUCUAACAACGUAUAAAGAAAACUAACAUGCCAUCUUUUAGGCAGAAAUUCUCUGGGUUCUUUAGGCAGUUUUCAGCGCCAUCAGAGUCCAGGAAUGAUGAGAACGCUUCAAAUCGUUUUAUUAAAAAAUAUCUUACUGGCCGAGAAGUCCAAAAAUACGAACCAAUUAUUUUGCAUGGGAGAACUCCACAGGAAGUGCCGCCCCAACAAUUAGGUGCCAUUAAAAGUUACGAAGUGGUAUCAUCUUUGACUGGACCACACGGUGGCCUUAUUGCUGUUAAUCAAACAGAAAAACAUUUGUCAGCAAGUGAUCCAGAAAUUAAUUUUAUUGAUAAUCUUGAAGACGAUAGUCAUAAUGGGGAAAAGAAAGUGAGUGUGUCUACUAAUGAUUCAACUGAUGAAACUUUAAAUGUUGAGUCUAAACAAAAUAUUUUAAAAAAGCUUAGGCAACCAUUGGUAGCUGGUGUUGAGAAUUGGAAUGUUCCCCACACUAAUGCAUAUGGUGCCAGUUGUUCUUUGUAUGAAGUACAUCCCAUAACUCAUCGUCAUACGGGUGAUCCAAUUGCUGAUUGUUUUGCUAUUGUAACCAGAGCAAAUUCUGCAAUAAUGGUGUUGGCAGAUGGUGUUAACUGGGGUGUCAAAUCAAGGACUGCAGCUAGAUCUGCUGUCCAUGGUUGUGUUGACUAUUUGAACAAAACUAUAUUUACAGCAGACAAAGAAUCGCCUAAAAACACUACAGAUGUCCUUGUGACUUUACUGAGAUCCUUCCAUGCUGCCCAUAAUAUGAUACUACAAGAAGAAGGAACUUUGACUACACUUACAGCAAUUGUAGUACUUCCUUCUACUGUUGAUAAUCAUUAUGUAGCCUGUUGUUGUAAUGUUGGUGACAGUCUGGGCUAUGUGUAUAGUUCCAAGUAUGGUGUAAGAGAACUUACUCAAGGCUCGCAUGAUGUUCACAGAAUGAGAGACAUGAGAGAUGUCAUGGGAGCUUUAGGUCCUGUUGAUGGACAUAAUCCUGAAUUGUCAAACUUGACUUUGUCCAUUACACAAGUUGAUUUGGAUGAUAUAGUUUUUAUUACUUCUGAUGGCGUAUCCGAUAAUUUAGAUCCCGUGGUUGGCCAUUUUACUGGACUUCCCAACGUUGAAGCAUAUCAAAGACACAAGCUUUCCCUCUUAAGAACAGACGAUUUGAUUCGUAAUGGGGUAUCUGGAAAGGGACCAGCAGUAGAUACAGCUAAAGACUUAGUAACAUUAUUAUUAGACUUUGUAACCAGGUUAACUGCAGCUAAACGUCGUAUAUUAGAAGAUAUGGAAAUAUAUGCAGACGCUAAUGGAAAACCUUUAGCUCAAGGAGAAGUAAGACAAAAAAGAAAAGAAAUUAUAAGAAAAAUGUUUGGUGUGCCAGGUAAGUUAGAUCAUGCUACAGUAGUUGCAUUCAAAAUAAAUUCUGGAAAAUAGAAGUUUUUAAAGGUCUUAAAUCUUUUUUGUGUGUUGAUUUAUUGUUUAGUUUAAUGCUUUGUUAUUUUUUUUAUUGAGAAAUUGGUCUUUGAAAUUUUUUUGGUACUUGUGCAGUUAUUAUUAUUCUAUUAUAUGUAGUAAACAUACUCUCAGAAUUUCUGAAAAUUGUGCACAUACAAGAUUACAUUAUAUAAAAAUUAUUAUAUUAAAAUAAACCUAUUCGAAAUAUGUAUCUUAUUUAUACUUAAAUUACAUCUUUAUUUAAGCUUAGUGAUUUACCAAAUUAGUGCAAUAUUGUUUCCGUCCAGUGGAUUGUUAUUUGUUUGAAUAAACAACAAACUUUAAUAUAGUCAGCGUAUACAUAUUAUUGAACCUAUACUUUAUAUUAUUCAAAACUUUUAUGUGUUAUAAUAUCAUAUUUUAUUGUUUAAUUAAUUUAUAUUUAUAUUUAUCGAUUGUUCAUUUUAUCAUUAUUUUAUAAGUUAUAACUAACAUCAUGUUAAGACUAUCAAUAUUUUUGUGUUAUUAGUAAAACAUAUGAGACAAAUGUACUUUAUUCCAAAGUAAAUUAGGCCUAAAAAUAAUAUUUUAUAAAAAUGUAUUAAUAUCAAAUAACAAAUAUUCUUAUACUAUUUUUUUUUACAUU